CCUUCGAGGCCAUACGCAGCUAUUUUCCAUCGGCUCCGAGCUUUCGUUUCAUCUCGCGGUUAGCAUAUACAUUAACCAUACCCGACUAUUACCCCCUCGCAUCAUAUGAUAUAUUCAUUUAUGCCAUUGCGAAAUUAUCACCGACGCAAAGAUGAAGUUUCUCCCGCUUCGCGAUUUCGACGUCAUCACCUUGGCGCUAAACUUCAGCACGGCUGAGUGUCGUGUCAAAGGCGGAUGCGAUCUUUACACGACAAAAGCGGCCGGUUCUGACAAGAAACUAUACAAAUCAAUCGAAACAUCUCUCGAAGCUCAACACGCGGCGCUCCUCAAAUUUGGUGCGUCGCUCUCACCGCCACAACGCAAGGAGAUGGCUGCAUCUCUGAAUCUAUCCCGUUCCAGCCCAUUUGGCAAUAUGAGCGAGAUUUCGAGCCGUCGCACCUUUGCCUAUCUAAUUGCGACAUUGAACGCGAGCCAUCCCGAUUAUGACUUCUCCCACGUCUUGCGCCCGACGGACUUCCGCCGCGAGCGCAACCUACAACAUGUAAUGGCGAACAUUGAUAACACGCUGAAUAGUGUGCGACCUUUGGGUUCUUCGCUCCUUUCACCUGAUGCGAACUCUUCGUAUCGUUCUUACGGUGGUUCUCCUGCGCCGAGUCUAGCCUCAGGAGGUGAUACGAUUAGUCCUGCUUGGAGUCCACACAUGUGGACCAUGAUCGAUAAGGAGAUGACACUGAAAGACUGCACAGUAUUUUCGUAUCAACCGCUCGAGGACCCUUUUGAUGGUGACGAGUCCGCUAUCUGGCGUCUUCAUUAUUUCUUCUUCAAUAAGAAUAAGAAACGUGUUGCCUAUCUAUAUGUUAGGGGUUUACCGAAUUUAGUCAACUCGCCCGCGCUUGCCCCCCAUAGGCGCGGGAGUAAUGGACUAUCCAAGCGCCACGCGACGCCCCUACCUGGUAGCUUGGGGGCGAACAAACGCGCUAGGUUCUGGCUAGGAGAUCAACUCGCAAGUCGUAUUAUUGUCGACGAUGAUUAUGAUGAUGACGAGUACGACGAUGACGAUAUGAUCCAGUAUGACCCAGACGAGGAUAUUGAGAUCGAUCCAUUGCAUGAUCCCUCUUCCGAUGAGGAGAGCGAUCAGUAUGAUGAAGAUGAUGAGGAAAGCGAAUACGAACAAGUUGCGCAUUCUGUUAGGGGCAUGAGUGAAGACAUCGCGGCGAGCAUGGAAAUAUAAAAAAAACCGGCAUGAUAUUAUCCCCACGGUCGGAUUCGGCUCCCUUUCCAUUAUUCCAUUUCUUUUUGGCGUUCAAGGAUGGAAUGGGGAUGGGGGCAUCAGGAUCCAGGGGGUAAUGACGGGUAUUAAACCAAUAGACGAC